AUGCAGCUCUCUAACUUAACAGACCUAUUCACAGAUGCCACUCUCCGAUUAACUUUGCCUUUUGGAAUUGGUCUUCACCACGCUGGCUUGAAAGAUGCAGACAGAAGAAUUGUGGAGGAGUUAUUCGUCAAUCAAAAAAUCCAGAUACUGAUUGCCACCUCCACUCUGGCAUGGGGAGUCAACUUCCCAGCACACUUCGUAAUUGUCAAGGGAACUGAGUAUUACGAUGGUCAGACAAGACGUUAUAUUGAUUACCCCAUUACAGACGUACUUCAGAUGAUGGGCCGAGCCGGCCGACCUCAGUUUGAUGACCAUGGCAAGGCCUUGAUAAUGGUGCAAGAUACGAAAAAAACCUUUUACAAACGGUUUCUCUACGAACCUUUUCCCGUAGAGAGUUGUCUCUUACAAGUACUGCCAGAUCACCUCAAUGCAGAGGUGGUCUCUGGCACAAUAACCUCAAUGCAGACAGCUCUGGAUUAUCUUACAUGGACUUUCUUUUUUCGCCGACUGUUAAUUAAUCCAAGGUCAGAUUUCCUGUUUUUAAACCAUAUAUAUAAGCCCCUUUAUUGGAAAUUUUCAUAUCUCGAAAACUCAAAAGCACUUUAA